AUGGAUGCUACUUGUAGACCUCAUCAGUUUUCACCGGAAUUGUUUGCGUAUGCGGAAUCCAAGAGAAUAUUUGAAAUUUUUCAGAAUAUGAUGGAACGUCUCACUAUAGAAAGACCCGAAAAUCCUAUUGAUUUCCUUUACGGUUUGCUAUUGAAAGGAGCUGUCUACGACGUUCCAAAAGUCUAUGUUAUUGGUCCUCCUACAGUUGACCGUAAAUUAGUUUGUACUACGCUAGCUUCGAAACUGAACCUGGUGUAUAUAAGUUGCACUAGUUUAAAAGAAGAUUUGCAAUUGGAUCUCUCAUCAAAGGAGACAAUUUCAGAGUUAUCUCCUUCAGCUUGGGCAGAUCUGGUUCAGAAACGCGUAGAAAUGCCAGACUGUGUCCAAAACGGAUGGAUACUGGAAGCCUUUCCCAAGACCCGUAGCCAGGCGUUUGCUCUCAGGAAAAAUGGAAUCUUUCCAACUCAUAUUGUCACGAUUGAAGAUCCAGUCUUUGCAUCUCGUGUCACUUUACAGUGCUGUCCGCAAGUUUCUGAGGUAUUGAAAUCUGAAGAAUUACAAGAAAUGUUGGACUUUUUGGGACAGAAAGAACUUAUUUUGGAUCUUCAUAAAAGUACUUACUCAAAGAGCUUUCAAAUCGGAACCAAUGUAAAUGAUUCUUUGGAGAAAGUCAUUGAAUUCGUUCGAAGCAAACAGCGCCCUCGUUUGCCUUACUUACCCAGAGUCUUGCUUCUAGGACCUUAUGGCAGUGGUCGUAAAACGAUGGCUUCGAAAUUGGCCGAAAAAUACCAUGUAGUCAAAGUUGAUUAUCAAGAGGAACUACGUAGAGCUGCUCUUAGAGAUUCUCCAUUAAAGCAAAAGUUUCAAGAAAUCCUAAAAACGCCGGAGCCAGUGCCUGAUGAACUGCUAGCAAGUGUGGCGUCUCAACGACUUCUUCGCAGUGACUGCAUUGAACGAGGGUGGGUAAUGUUCAACUUUCCUGACACUUUGAAGCAAGCUGAACUGCUCAUUCAAUACCUUGAAGGAUUUCAAGUAAACAGAGCUAUCUUCCUUGAUGCAAGUCUGGACAAGUGUUUGGCGCGAGUAGAGCCAAGGAGACUGGAUCCACAAACUGGUCACCUUUACCACUUGAAACUUCGUCCAUGCCAGCAGAGGUUGGCUGUGAGUCGCUUGAUACAGCUUCCUCAAGACUGCGCCGAAUCGGUUGAAGCCGAUUACAGGUUAUAUGAGGAAAACGUUGAUGAACUGAAAAUGUUCUUCAAAUCCAAGCUUCUGGAUGACAUAGCUGUGGAAGUGAAUGCUAACUGUAACGUUGAAGAAGUCUUUGAAGAGGUGCAAGCUGCUAUCCUGAAGUCGACGAAACUUAAGCUUCUAACUACAUAA